CUUCAGACUCAGUUUGGAUGAGACUCGCCAUGGCGCUCAGUCAGGGGUCCAGGAUGCUCAGUAAAGAUGACGCGAAUUAUAAACUUCACUUUCGGAUGAUUAACGAGCAACAAGUGGAGGAUAUCACCCUUGACUUCUUCUACAAACCGCACACCAUUACUUUACUGACGUUCACCGUCGUCAGCAUAAUGUACUUUGCGUUUACGAGGGAUGAUGGUUAUCCUGAUAAUAACCUGCAUGUGGGUCUCCUGCUGGUCGUCUCUUUCUUUCUUGUUAUCAGUAUUCUUACAUUCCCCAACGGUCCUUUCACAAGACCACAUCCUGCGAUAUGGCGCAUGGUUUUUGGUCUCAGUGUGCUUUACUUCCUCUUCCUGGUGUUCCUCAUCUUCCUGAACCUGGAUCAGGUGAAGACGCUGUUGUAUUGGCUGGAUCCCAAUCUACGUUACGCCACACGGGAAGCAGAUAUCAUGGAGUAUGCGAUAAACUGUCACAACAUCACGUGGGAGCGCAUCAUGAGUCACUUUGACAUCUUUGCCUUCAGUCAUUUCUGGGGUUGGGCGAUGAAAGCUCUGCUCAUCCGCAGCUACGGUCUCUGCUGGACCAUCAGCAUCACGUGGGAGCUCACAGAGUUGUUCUUCAUGCACCUCCUGCCAAACUUUGCAGAGUGCUGGUGGGAUCAAGUCAUUCUUGACAUCCUUUUGUGCAAUGGAGGAGGCAUUUGUCUUGGUAUGACUGUGUGUCACUUUUUAGAGAUGCGUACCUACCACUGGGCCAGUAUCAAGGAUAUCCACUCUACCACAGGCAAGCUGAAACGGGCCGUCAUGCAGUUCACUCCCGCCAGCUGGACGUAUGUGCGCUGGUUUGACCCCAAAUCCUCGUUUCAGAGGGUGGCUGGAAUAUACCUCUUCAUGAUUAUAUGGCAGCUCACAGAGUUGAACACGUUUUUCCUGAAGCACAUCUUCGUGUUUCAGGCCUCUCAUCCUCUCAGCUGGUGCCGGAUCCUCUUCAUCGGGAUCAUCACUGCCCCCACAGUGCGGCAAUACUACGCAUAUCUAACAGACACCCAGUGCAAAAGAGUGGGAACACAAUGUUGGGUGUUUGGGGCCAUUGCUUUCCUGGAGGCGCUGGCUUGUAUCAAAUUUGGACAUGACUUGUUCUCAAAAACACAGGUUCUCUAUGUUGUCCUUUGGCUUUUGUGUUUGGCUUUCAUUACGCUUCUCUGUCUGUAUGGGAUGGUUUGGCACGAGCAGAAUUAUGGGAAGAGACUGAAGAAUAUUACAGAUUGUGAUGACAGCAGCUUCAUUGACCCGCAUGACCACAUUCCUGAAACUGCCAAAGAGAGAAGCUCAAGUAGAAAUUCCAGUUCAUCGAGGAGAAGAAAAAACAAAUCAAUCAAUGGAUCAAGCGGCAAGAAGUGACGACCUCUAGAGCCGGAUGAUCCUCACCGGACCUGAACACACGUGCGGUGAAAGAACAAACCUGUCAUAAACGGUUGAAGAGAGGUAAAGCAGGGCGAUAAACCGAGAACACACUCGCUUUAUUUUCAGAGCACUUGGAAGGAUUUGUGGUACGCCAGGUUUAGUGUAAAUGACACGGCACACACUUCCUAAUGGCACUGAUGUGGAUUUCAUACGUCUGAAGUGUGUGAGCCAGUGAAUGUUUGCAAUGCC